GGCUGCCUUUGUGAGACACUUACAUUGAUGUUAAUGCCAUCUGGUGGAUAUUUGUGAUAUCUUGCAGAUGGAUCACCACAUUUGUCUCCUGAUGAUAGCUAAGGCAAGAUGUAGGUGCAUUUUCUCAUCUAUUGUGUUGUGCGCCUUUGAAUUCCUUGAGCCAUCUGAUUUUGCUAGGGUUUUUCUUUUUUAAUAUUACCAAUCAAAUAGACCAUAUGAGUAUAGUGAGAGAACACAAUUUCAUAGAGGCCUAUACUGACAAACAGAAAAAGAGGCAUACACCACACAGACACAUUUAUUAUUUUAUUAGUAGCAUAUGCUUAUAUCACAUCUACACACUUCAGUUGGUUGGUGUAGUAAAUGUACUGCUCCUCUGCAGGCAAUCGAGGUCUUAUCUUCAUAUUAUUUGGGCAGUUUCAAUAUUGUAGUAUUUGUGGGGACUGAAACUGAUUUAUGCAAACUUAUAGGCUAUAUUAUUUGUCUAAAGAGAUAUUUGACAAGCCUCAUAUAUCCACUAGAAUAGUCCAUGAGGGAAAUUUGUCAAACAGUCUACUCUUUGUUCAUAACUAUUCUCACCCAAUAGCUGGUCUGAAUUUCCCAGAAAAUGAAUAAUUGGCAAUGAAGUUGAUGUUUCCGUAGGAAUCGUUUAGGGGUGUGUGUCAUUGGCACUCACACAUGUUGCAAACUCUCAUACUGAGGAGGAAUCCUUCUCGUCAUUUUUCAGCAAAGAGCUCCUUUCUUCUGGCAGUUGAGAGGCUGUCGUUAUAGAGGCGGGUUAGACACAUUCUUGAAAACCAAAUGAUUUGAGUGUCCCUCUCCCCCCACUCCGGAGUCACCAUGAGCUGGAGUUUCCUGACGCGUCUCCUGGAUGAGAUCUCCAACCAUUCCACCUUUGUGGGCAAGAUCUGGCUCACGCUGCUCAUCGUCUUCCGCAUUGUGUUGACGGCUGUUGGAGGCGAAUCCAUCUACUACGAUGAACAGAGCAAGUUUGUGUGCAAUACGCACCAGCCCGGUUGCGAAAAUGUGUGCUACGACGCCUUUGCGCCGCUCUCGCACAUCCGUUUCUGGGUCUUCCAGGUGAUCAUGAUCACCACCCCCACCAUCAUGUACCUGGGCUUCGCCAUGCACAAGAUCGCCCGCAUGGACGAUGAUGAAUACAGGCCCAGCGGCAAGAGAAUGCCCAUGGUGAGCCUAGGGACCAACAGGAACUACGAGGAGGCGGAGGAUAAUGGUGAGGAGGAUCCCAUGAUCUCGGAGGAGAUUGAGGUGGAGAAGGAGAAGAAGAAAGAGGAGAAGCCCAGCAAGAAGCAUGACGGGCGCCGGCGCAUCAAGCGCAAUGGCCUCAUGAAGGUGUACAUCUUCCAGCUGUUGUCGCGUGCUGCUUUCGAGAUCUCCUUCCUGUUCGGCCAGUAUAUCCUUUACGGCCUGGAGGUGUCUCCCUCGUACGUGUGCACACGCUCCCCCUGCCCGCACACGGUGGACUGCUUUGUGUCGCGCCCCACAGAGAAGACCAUCUUCUUGCUCAUCAUGUACGGAGUGAGUGCCCUCUGUCUGCUCUUCACCUUGCUGGAGAUCCUCCACCUGGGCUAUAGCGGCAUCCGGGACUGUCUCUGUCAUCCUCGCCCCCCAACCCCCCAUCAACUGGCUAGCCAGCAUCCCUCACUAUGUGGCCGCCGGGUGCCCACAGCUCCUCCGGGCUACAACACAGCGCUGAAGAAGGACCCCAAGGGCGUGCGGUUGGACUACAACCUGGGCGAUUCGGGCCGUGAGUCGUUUGGGGACGAGACGUCGCAGCGGGAGCUGGAGAGGUUGAGGAGGCACCUGAAGCUGGCCCAGCAGCACCUGGACCUGGCCCACCUGAACGAGGACAACAGUAGUCCGUCGCGGAGCAGCAGCCCCGAGUCCAACGGGACGGCCGUGGAGCAGAACCGCCUCAACUUUGCCCAGGAGAAGCAGAGCAGCACCUGCGAGAAAGGUUUGCGAGCCUAACUUCCUCAUUAGCCCACCUGGCCCUCUAAGGAUAUAUUAUUGCAUCUGGGACAGUGGGGGUAUGAGGGAGCAUUGUGUGGGGACAGGUGUUGUGUGUAUGUGACUCGAGGAGGAUGAAUUGGUCUGCCUUUCAGUAUUGGAGACCAUUGAACGCUCAACGAAAACAUGCCAAACUCAACGAGCAGGGUCUUCCUACCCAGCUACACUUGACGACGUCUGAAGAUCCAAAGUGUCCAAACUGUUUUCAGAACAUGCCUAUCAGUCUCUCAGGGCAGCUGUGCUGUUUUGUUGGCCAUUUACCCCUUAUUUUCUUUUGGGGAAUACUAGUGUUUCCUCUAGUUUGUAGUUAUUCCUCUUUGCUGGAGUUUAGAGGGGUCCAUCUCAAGUUGGCCUUGAACCUAAAACGGGAGUUUACAAAGUGUGUCACAAAACCAUGUCAAAGUUGUUUUUUUGUGUGUAUUUUGUGAGGAAUAGGGAAACACAGUGAGUCAGUGUUUGGAACUGUGAACUGGUGUGGUAA